AUUUGUAUUGCUUCUUUUUUCCUGUAAUUUGAUUUUUUUAAGCAAUAGUAUAUGUCUGUAUGACAACAGGUGGCGAGAUCUAUGAAUGUAUAGUAAACAAAACAGAAGACAAGUGAUUAGAAAAGGUGUAGCUUUUUAAAUGGUUCUUCUUCCAGAAUGUCUUUGUCACACUUUGAUGAACGCAGUGGUAUUGUGGCUUGUGAGACUUCAUGGGGUCGUUGGUGGCAGACUGUGACUGAAGUAUUCAUUGAAAUUUUUGUAGAAGAAGGAACUCGAGGGAAAGAUGUGCAUAUCAGUAUAAGACCAAAGUUUAUUGAAUGCAGUGUCCAAGGGAAGGAAAUCUUCAAGGGUGAAUUAUGCAGAACAGUUGUUCCUGAUGACAGCACAUGGACUGUAGAGGAGCAGAAACGGAUAGUGAUCUUACUCACCAAGGCAGAACCUGCAAGCUUUGAAAAGUUCUGGGAAUCUCUCCUUAUAGGACAGUUUGCACCUGAUCCCUGGCUUAAACUCGAAAUGAUGAAAAAACUAGACCUGGAAAGGUUUCAGAUUGAGAACCCAGGGUUUGACUUCAGUAGUGCUAAGCUAUCCAAAUGUUAUGACAACAUGGAACCGACAGUCAUGUCCAGUGAAGACAAAUAAAAGAGUGCUAUAGAUGAAAAUAGAUUUAGAAUUAUUGUAUACACCAUGAGAAUGAAAUUAAAAAUUGUUAUUGUCAG